AUGUAUCCUCCAAAGAGCGUCUCAGUGUCCAUCAGUCCGUCUGGUGAAAUAGUGUCAGGGGAUUCAGUGACUCUGAACUGCAGCAGUGAUUCAAACCCUCCUGCUCUGAACUUCAGCUGGUUUAAGGAAGGAAAGUCUGUAGGAUCUGGAAGAAUCUUCAGCAUCUCAAACAUCAGCUCUGAUCACAGUGGAGAAUACAAGUGCAGAUCCAGAAAUAAACAUGGAGAGAAAAACUCUGAUACUGUGAUGCUGAAUGUCAUGUAUCCUCCAAAGAGCGUGUCAGUGUCCAUCAGUCCGUCUGGUGAAAUAGUGUCAGGAGAUUCAGUGACUCUGAACUGCAGCAGUGAUUCAAACCCUCCUGCAGAAAUCAGCUGGUUUAAGGAAGGAAAGUCUGUAGGAUCUGGAAGAAUCUUCAGCAUCUCAAACAUCAGCUCUGAUCACAGUGGAGAAUACAAGUGCAGAUCCAGAAAUAAACAUGGAGAGAAAAACUCUGAUACUGUGAUGCUGAAUGUCAUGUAUCCUCCAAAGAGCGUGUCAGUGUCCAUCAGUCCGUCUGGUGAAAUAGUGUCAGGAGAUUCAGUGACUCUGAACUGCAGCAGUGAUUCAAACCCUCCUGCAGAAAUCAGCUGGUUUAAGGAAGGAAAGUCUGUAGGAUCUGGAAGAAUCUUCAGCAUCUCAAACAUCAGCUCUGAUCACAGUGGAGAAUACAAGUGCAGAUCCAGAAAUAAACAUGGAGAGAAAAACUCUGAUACUGUGAUGCUGAAUGUCAUGUAUCCUCUAAAGAGCGUCUCAGUGUCCAUCAGUCCGUCUGGUGAAAUAGUGUCAGGAGAUUCAGUGACUCUGAACUGCAGCAGUGAUUCAAACCCUCCUGCUCUGAACUUCAGCUGGUUUAAGGAGGAUGAAACCUCAGCUGUUGGAUCUGGACAGAGUUUCAGCAUCUCCAGCUUUAGCUCCAGUUUCAGUGGACGCUUCUACUGUGAGGCUCAGAAUAAAUAUGGAUCUCAGAGAUCAGCGUCUGUUUCUCUCACUGUUAAAGGGGUUCAGAGAGCUGCUCUGCACACAGUUUCUGGGAUCGUGGUGGGAUGUGGAGGAUUGAUCUUCAUCAUCAUCAUCUUCAUCAUCAUUGUGUUCAUAAAGAGGAAGAAGAGGAGAGAAGGUGGAACUGAAGACGUGAAUCAAAAGCAGACGGCUGACGCGAGUGACGAUACAUACGCAGCUCUGGAUCCAGCGUCCAGAACAUCUGCUGACAUUUACAGCACAAUCACAUCUGUUCAGUCCAGAGCUCCUGAUGACACCUACACGGCUCUUGAGCUUCAGUCCAGAUCUUCUGAAUAUGAGACUCUAGCAGUGACUUCAGCAGAUCCACAUUAAACUCUCCUCACUGUAUUACUGCUAAUAUGAAACAACUGAAGCUCCUCAGAAACUGCCCAUCAUCAUCAGCUCAUGAACAUCAUUUCAUCAUCAAUAACAUUCUGAUUUAUUAAACUGUGUAUAUUGUAAUUGAGCUUAUAAGAGUUUGCAGAAUAUUUUUUUUUUCUAUUAGUUUUGUACAUCUAUAUUUUAGCCUGCAUGUCAUAUUUUAUGUUUGUGCUUCAUAAGCAAAUGCAUUUUAGGAGAAAACUUGUGCAAUUCAAACAUUUAAAGUAAUCAUCAUAAUAACUUGUAGUAUGUUAUGUGUUAAUUUCACAGUUAAGCAGUAUUUUCAUGAUAAACUCAGUUCAGUCUGAAUCUGAUUGUAUUAAAGUCUCAGUUUCUCUGUCAUGUCUGACGCUCUGUUGACUGGAUUUUAUUCUACUGUAUCUUUACUGGAGGAACUUAAUCAUUUUUAUAGUGUUUAAAAG